CGACGCCCCCAGCGCGUCCCCGCCCGGAGCCUCCUCGGCCCUCGCCGCCAGGAAGCGGGAGAGUGCGGGGCCUGGCGAGGGGCGGUGACAAGGUCGCCCGGACGCAGCCAGUGACAGAGGGAGACCCAAGGGCGCGGUGGCGCGGGGAGGGGCGGCGGCGGGGUCGGGCUGAGUCUGGGCGAGAGAGAAAGGGACCGACGGCGCGACGGCAGAGGCAGGAAGCAGAUAGGGAGAGAGAAUAUGGGAGAGACGGGGAGACAGGGACACGGGGGACAGGGCGUGGGACUGGGCUUCUGCACAGGGACACCAGGUCCCAGAGAAGGAGAGACGGGUGAGGAGUGGCGGCGGGAGGGCAGAGCUGGGCUUGGGUACCGCGUGUGCCACUGUCCGCAGUGGCUCCGGGGUUUGUGAAACAUUAGCUGGUCGGUGCCUGCUCCUCUGUUCCCUGCCCCCAGUGCUGACCUUUGGGGCAUCCCAACCUAGAAAAACGAGGACCAGGCGGUGGGAAGACCAGUCUCAAGGAGGAAGAGCCCCGCCCAGGUGGGAGCGCCUCAGCAACCCACCUGGCCCAUGACUGGGCAGGGCAUCUCACCAGGAGUGAGCUCCAGGACAGAGAGGAUGGCACUGGUGACCAGCAUUCGCAAGCCCCUCAGGAAACUGAAGUGGGGAGGGGAAGGGAGACUUGUGGUGGGACCCUUGUCCUCCCCUCCCCACCUGCACCGCACUUCAACCAAGUGACAGAAAAGACCUAGCAGAGUAUCAGGCCGGGGGCAUCACAGCCUCUUUGUGCCACCUGGUGGCGUCAAGGGAGAACGACAAGAACGAGUGACGAGAAGGGGAAGGAAAUUUGCAUCGCAGCAGUUUCCCUACCCUCUGUGAUCGCAUUGGGCCAACAAGUGAAUCUCCCCGCGUCUGCCUGAGGGGAGCAGUACUCCAUCUCACCCACUCUGCCCUGGUGCCCUUCACCCUGCCUCUGCCACUUCUGCCAGGUAGCAUUUGCUCCUCCCCGCCCAGCAGGGCUUCCCCCUCCAGGGAGCUAGGCUGAGCCUGAAUCACUUCCCAGAGGACAAACUCUGGGAAAGGCUUGCUGGGCACCACAGCCGCAAGUGCCGGGCUCAGGCUACAGUGCCCGCUCUCCAAGCAGCCAGGCCUUCCAGGGGAGAUUGGGCAGCUGAACCCAGCGGCUCCUCUGUGCGCUGACCUUUCAGAGCCAAACAAGGAAUCACAUCAUUUUCAAAUAUUCAUGGCAGAAGAGGGGGCCAGCCUCAAGGUUACCAGGGACCUGAAAGCUGCCAUCUCGGCCAUCCUCCAGCGCUAUGGGGGUGGGCAGCAGCCAGUGACAGAUGCCAGUGCGGAGCUGCACAGACUCUGUGGGUGCCUGGAGCUGCUGCUACAGUUUGACCAGAAAGAGCAGAAGAGCUUCCUGAGGCCUCAGAAGACUUACUGGGACUUCCUCUGCACUGCCCUGUGGCAGCAGCGGGGGGACACAGAGCUGGUCCGAUUCGUCCACUCACAGGACAAGUUGAAGACCCCACUGGGAAGAGGCCGGGCUUUUAUCCGAUUCUGCCUUGUCCAGGGACAGCUGGCUGAGUCCCUGCAGCUCUGCCUCCUGAACCCAGAGCUGACCAGGGAAUGGUAUGGCCCCCGGAGCCCUCUGGUGUGCCCUGAACUCCAGGAAGACCUCCUGGACUCCCUCUACACUCUCAAUGGGGUGACCUUCAACUUGGACCUGCAGUGGCCUGACCUGGAUGGGGCCUGGCCCAUGUUCUCAGAGUCCUGCUGCUCCAAUUCCCGCCUGACCCAGGGAAGAAGACCGAGAAAGGCCAAAGAUUCAUCAAAGCAGAUCUCAGCCACAUCUGGAGGCCCCACAGGAGUCCAGCCAGAGGAGCCACAUGCCAGCCAAGCUGGCUGUCUGCAAGAUGCACGCAGGGAAGACUGGUCAGCUGGACUCCCUACGUCCCAGCAACACAACCAUCCUCCUCCCUCUUUGGGAAAGAAGAGAGAAGAUCCCAGGAACCUCAGGCCCUCCCAGAGCAUGUGGGAGUCAGAGGGGGAGGAGCUUCAGCAAGACCAGAAGGGAGCCCCAAGGACUGGAGUCUCCCUGGAGAACUCAACACUCAGCUUCCAGGGGCAGGGCGAGGGAACCAAAGGGGCUCUGAGGGAGAUAGAGGCAGAAGCUGAGGGCAGAGGGGCUCUGCCAGGUGCAGAGGGUCAGAGAACAACAGCAGGGGCUCACGAAGGGGAAGCAGAAUGGGGUCAUGUCCAUACACUGCUAGCCCCCAGCCCCAAAGAGAUGAUAAUGGACACAAUGUCAAGGAACAGGCAGGGGUGGGGAAUGCCUCACAUUCCAAGGGAGCCCCAGGUCCUCCGGGGCCUGGGAGCAAAGGAAGGCUGCACCACAGAGAAGCUACAAGAGCAAGGAGUGACCAGUGUGACCGGAAGGGAGGAGCAAGCAGAAGUGGCCUUGAAGGAUGUGGUCAAGAGCCUUAGACAAGGGCUCUGGAAGACCAAGGAGCAGGCCCAGCACCAGGAGCAGCUGUUGAAGGAGCAGGAAUGGCUGCUGAAGACACUGCAGGAACAGCUCAGCAGUCUAGUAGACUUCUUGGAACCUUCUAGAAGCCACUAAAGACAAAAAGAAGAAACAAGAAUACAGCUGAGGAAGUUCCAAGCCCAAAAUUAAACAGAAAUUUAAGAAAGCCAUCUGUUUAACAUUCUUUUUUUAUUGAAAAGACAAUGUAACAAUUUUUCAAAUAUUUUAAAGCCAAAAAGUUACCCCAAAUCCUACUCCACUUACCCUUUCUCCCACAAGCACCCCAAUUGUCUGAGCCAGGCCCAGCCCAACCAGCCUGGGUUCCCAGACACCCACCUUCCCUCCAGAGAGCUGUCAUGACUAUGCAUAUGCCUUUCAAGGAAAUUACAUUUUAAAAUAUAAAUAUUUUUUAAAAGGGAAAGAAAAGAAAAAGAAAUAAAACACAUGGAAAUGUUGGCUCAUCUCCUCUAAAGGUAUACAUGAGGCUACACCUUUUAUGAAUGGUUGGUAAUGAGUCAGCCUCUAGGUAUCAUGCUGCACACAGUGGUCAGUUUGGGGUGGGGUGUGGUAUUUGUAUGUGUAGUAUGUGGUAUGUGUGUAUUGUGUUGUGUGUGUUGUGUGGUAUGUGUUGUGUGUGUGGUAUGUGGCAUGGGGGGACUGGGGGAUGUGGAGUAUGUGUGCCUAUGUGAGUGUCUGUGUGGUAUGUGUUGUGUGGCAUGUAUCUACAUGUGUGUGUGUCAUGUGGACUCCAUCUUCAGGAGGACCACCACCUUCCCCCAGGGGCUCCCUGCCAGACAAAGGCCCAGGCUAGCUCAGUCACAGAUGCUGAGCUUUCUCCCCUAAGAACUUAGUCUUCCUUCUCACCUAGGUGUCAGGAAGAGAAGGCCCGGCUGCAGGCGGAGCUGGAGCAGAAGCAACAGGAGGCUGAGAGGAGGGAUGCCAUGUAUGAGGAGGAGCUUGGAAGGCAGCGGGACCUCACCCAUGCCAUGAAGAGGAGGGUGCUGGAACUGAUUCA